CAUUGUACCCAAAAAAAAAAAAAGAAAAAAAAAAAAGCAUUAGCAUCUAUCAAUCUACCUGCGUGUCGAUGGUAGCAUCAUCAAUAAUCAAACAUGUUGUUUGUUGAUGUUGAUUUGAUUUUUGAUGCAAUCGAAUCAAAUAUCAAAUAUUAAUUAUUAUUUUUUCUAUACUCAAAAUUCAAUAUUAAUUGGUCCAUCCAUCAUCCAUGAAAGGUUCUAAUCUCAUGUUUCUCCUCCCAUCAUACUUACCCUGUUCCUUCAUCGCCAUUUCCAACUACUCCAAUUUAUUCUUCCACUGUCACUCCACUCACCUAACAAUUUCUCAGAUCUGAUUAUUUCCCUUCUUUUUCAAUUCAAUUCAAUUCAAUUCUCUCUCUUUUUUUGGGUGUAGUUUUUGUGUUUGUGUUUUUUCCUCUGUGAGAUAUGAUUCUUCAAUUUUCUGAAUUUUAAUUUUAAUUGUUGUUGUUGUUGUUGUUGUUAUUGUAAUUGAGUUUGAUCUGAAUUGUGAAAUUGAAAGAAACAGUAUGCACCCUAGACAACGUAGUCCUAGAGGCUUUUAUGCUCCUGAGUAUCGCCACCGUGGUGGUGGUGAUGUUGGUGUUGGAGUUGGUUUUGGAAGAGGUUAUAAUAAUAAUAACCGUAGAGCUGCUCCUUCUGUUGUUACUGUUGCUGCCGCCGGGGCUGGAGGCUCCGGCGGCAUCAGUGGUGGUGGUGAUAUUUUUAUGGAGGCAGGUAGGUUAGCUGCUGAGUAUUUAGUUUCUCAAGGGUUGUUGCCACCAAAUGUUUUGUCUUUGAAGUGGCAUAAUCAAAAUGGUAGUUUUAAGAAGCAUGUUGGUGUUGUUGGUGGUGUUAGUGUUGGUGUGGGGGAAAUUGGGGUGGACGGAGGGAGGCCAUCCGCGCUUGCCAGAUUGGGGAAUGCGGGUCCGGGUGUGGAUGGAGGGAUGACUGGUGGGAGGAGGAAAUUGGGGUUUGAAGAGUUUGGACAAAAGGGUGUUAGUAGUGGUGGUAGGAGGAGGGGGAGUUUUAAGAGUAAUGGGUUUGAUUGGGGUAAUAGAGAGUAUAGAAGGAAUGGAUCAUGGUCUGAUAGAUUUCAAGGUGGUUCGGAUAUUAGAGAUGAUGAUGAUGAUGUUGAUGUUGGUAGUGGAAGUGGUGUUAGACAACAAGAUGAAGAGCUGCACCGGGAACAGCAGAAGCAGGAGGAGGAGGAGCUUGUUGGUGCUAGUGGUGGUGGAGGUGGUGGUGUUGAUGAUGUAAUUGAGAAAUCAAAUUUGAAUGAGUUUGUGCCUACAAGUGCGGAAGGUAAUGAUUUGGGAGCUGAGACCGAUAAGGAUCGGGUCUCGGAUGGUGAAUUGGUGGAAUUGAAACAAAGUUGUUCUGGUGAAGUUAGAGAUGUAUGUGAUAUGGAUGUGGAGUUUGUUGGGAGUUCCAACGAUUUGGAGAAUAUGAACGAUGAAGUUAAGGAGGUGGUGGUGGUGAAGGAUGAAGCUGGUAGUAGUGAUGAAGGCAAUAAACCAAGUAUCUCGAAGAAUUCGUCUGCUCAGUCUAGUGAUCAGGAGAAUAAUAGCUCUGGUAGUGUUUUCACUGAUUUACUUUCAUUUUGUAAAUCUGUUAAGGUGCCUACCAAGACACGCUCUUCGCUUACAAACAAGAAUUCGAAGGCUCUUCCGCAAGGGAACAGUGUAGAAGAGAAUGUUGAUGAUCUUGUGGAUCUUCAAGGACCUGAAAUCUUAGCUGAAAAUGAGGAAGAUCAAUCUCAUGCCUCGGUCUCGGGUGUUUUGAUAUCUGACAUGACUUAUGAGGUAGUGCAUAUUGACUCGGACACUGCCGAGGUAGAACCUGAUGAUUCCUCUGAGGAUAUGAAAGAAUUGGAUACUGCUUGUGAAGCUGAAGAAGAUCAAUCUAUUGAGUCUCAAUCUGAUCAAGAUAGAGGCCAAGAGUCUACUGCUGAACUACCCAAGUAUGGAGGCUGUAGUUCCGUGUCAGAGGAAAGGGGUGAGAAACGUGUUGCGGAAGACGACGUUGAUGUCAGGGAGGACACCAAAAGACUGAGAGAGUGGCUGCCCUUGCCCUCCCCUAUACCGAAGACCAAAGCGUACUUUCUGCAUAAUAACACACCAAUUGAGGUGAAAGAGAGUCCAGAGGAAGACACAAUUUCACAUGUUGACAAAGUGAGUGUGGCUUCUGAUCAGGGUAGCCUUAUGAGUAGUUCUCAGUUCACUGAUGGAGAUAGAACAUUUUUCGGAUGUUCAGAGAAGAAGCCACCAUUGCCGAGUUCAUUUAGAACUUGUGAUCUGAAUCUCAUUGAAGCAUCUGAAGUUCAUGACACUCAUGUUGAUCAUCCUGUUCUUAUUUACUCCCCUCCUGUUUCUGAAACAAAGGAAGCUAUACCGGUUGAUAUUGAUCUGUCCAUGAGUCGUGCUAGUGUAUCAGGAAAAUUCAGUACUCAUGGAACAGAUGGCAAAGAGAUUGAAGUAAUUGAUCUAGAAAAUGAUUCCAUUCCAGAAGAAAAGCCAAUCGACAGUAUCGAUAGAAAGACAGAGGCUAUGUUUACAGGACUUGAAGGUUUUUCCAGCCAUGCUCAAAAUGCUGCUGAUAUACAUGAUGUUCAGGAUGGAUAUGGACUAAUGAUAUCAGAGUUGCUUGGGACAGAUUUCGCAAACUGCUCUUCAGUACCCGACGACAUAAAUUCUGUGCACAAUGAAAUAGGCCUUGAUAAUGCAACGGGGACACUUGCUGAGGAUGAUUCCAUAUAUAUGUCGCUGGGAGAAUUAAGCUUUUUGCGCCCGUGGGAGCAGCCACCAUCACAGGAUUAUCAGAAGCACUUCUGAUCCAUUCUCACUCAAAUCCUCUCAGGAGACAUAAUGCAGCGGUAUGCAUCAUAGUUGUACUAGGUUCUUACAAAAGUGAAAAUGCUGCUUUUGAUUUUUUUUUACUCCAUUUUUAUAAAUUGUCUCUUGUUUGGAAUUAUAUAUGCUAAUGUCCUCUAAUCUCUCUGCAUCACAACAUCGAAUUUAGAUUGUUUUAAGAGUUAGAGAGGAAAAUUGUCUCUAGAGGCAAAAUUGUAAAAUAGUCCACUGUACCUCAUCCACUUAUGUAUUUGGCCAUAUGUAGGGAAUAUUUGAUAAAAUGGAUUUGAAUCAACAUUUUAGUGUAUCUUUGGUUUCAAUUUUUGAAGAGUCAAAAUUGAUUUAGGAGAUGCAAAA